GUCUUCCAAUGCUGGAGAACCGGGAACCAGGGACUGCGGGAUGCGGGGAGGCAUCUGCCCGGCCGGCAGUGCCUCUGAGCCGGGGAGACCGAGGGGAGGAGCCGCUGUCCGGUCGCGGAGGGUGUCGUCUGUCCGGCCUGGUGAACUGGAGGCAGAGACCGUGCAGGACCUCAGCUCUUUUCGCUGCAGCCAACACGGUGAUCUGGUUUGUGGCCUUCACCUCUCUCCGAGGAUUCAGCCUCCUCUUCGUCCUGCUGGCUCUGCUGGUCGUCACGGUGGCCGUCAGAGACAUCGCUCGGUCCAGAUCCACAGGAGCUCACUUAUGGCGCAGCAUGACGGCAAGCUGGGAGAUCAUUGACUCAGGUCAGGACAGCCGGUCUGGGACUGGACCUCAGCUCAGCGACUCCCUCAAAGUCUUCCUCCAGGAGACAUCGGCUUUCAAACAGCAAAACCCUGGAAAGUUUUGCCUGCUGGUUUGCAGUCUGUGCACCUUCUUCGCUGUCUUAGGACGCUACAUUCCAGGGAUUGUUAUCUCUUAUAUUCUAGUGUUGGGCAUUUUCCUGUGGCCUCUGAUUUCAUCUCAUGAGAUUGGUUUGUGGCUGGAGCCAGUUCUGCAGAAGCUGGACUUUGGCCUCGGAGAGUUCAUUCAGAAAAUCAAAGAAAAUCAUGAGAAGAGAAUCAUGCAGGCUCAGACUGAGAAAGAGGGCAUCGAGUCGGACCUCUCGUCCAUGUUUCCCAAGCUCGACUCCACAGUGUGUAAGGAAAUGUCGGUAUCGGACACAGAGGUGUCUGAUAUGACGUGGACAGACAACGGUACUUUCAACCUGUCAGAAGGACACACACCACAGACGGAGAACUCAGAGGACCUUGACCGUGAAGAAGCGUUCACUGGAGGCCUCCCAGAGUUCCCCUCACUUGACAACGGCGCAACGACCAAUGGCGACGACGAUGACGAUGACCUAAGCCUCGGCCUUCCCUCGCCUCCACCUCAGCUGCCGAUCAAAUCCAAGCAUACACCCUUUCCUCACAAAGACCAACCCACCGACAACGCCAUUGAAUUGGUCAACCAGAUGGCGAGCGACUUCAUCGCUGCCGCCGUCACAGCAGCGAUGCAGGAGAGGAUAGAAGCAGCGGUCGGCUUCACGGCGCAGAGCUCAGACUCGGGGCGGUCAAGACUCCCAGAAUCCACCGGGCCGCUGGAGCUGUACGAGGAGUCGGACAGCGACGUGGAGGACUUUGAGCUGCUGGACCAGUCGGAGCUGGAGCAACUGGAAGGGGAGCUUGGGCUGGGAGAGGAGAAGGUCAAAGCCAAAGAGGAGGCUCAGGCCAAGAGUGAUCAGCCAGGUUCGUCUGGAUUCUUCUCCAAACUCCUGAGACGCCACUGAUUGAUGAAAAUACGAUCAACUGGGGAGAAGAACAGGUUACAGAGGACAUGUGGAGGGGAGGCGGGGUUGGUGUGGUCACUGAGGACUGUUAGGGGUUUUGUUUCCAUUUUUAUUUUUCUUCUAGAGCUAAUAUUAACAUUUCAAAGCUGGUCAAAAAUGUAGGUCCCUUUAAUCAGAAUCAUCUCAGCUUAAUGCCGAGAUCAGACUACACAACAUUAGCCAGUUAAAGGCCCAACCCGACAGAGGUGGGGACGCUAAUGGGUGUUUGGAAACACUUAAAGAUGAUUAAAAACCAAAACAUGGAGGGUGCUUAGACCGUCCAAUCUGCACAUGCAACUGCAUACAUCUUUAUUUAUUUACCUUUUUAAACAUUGAUUUCGGACCCUAGAGUUUUUUUCCCCAUUUUCCCAGCAGCCAGCUCAGAGUGAAUUUGAUUAGCCUACUGGUUGAUAAUGCUUAAGGUCCGUGACCAUUAUGGAAUACAAUCAAAUAGUGUGGUCUGAUCCCGGGGAAGAAGUCAGUUGAGGAUUUAUGGACAACCUUAGGCUUUUUUCAAAGAUUGUUGGUGAUUUAAGGUUAGGUUCUUCCUUUCUGCCUCGAGUUAAGUACAGCUGAUUCAUCAAACUACAUUUCCCAGAAUUCAGUAGACAUACAAUCAAUCAAUGCUCAAGUUGAGGAGGAUUAAAAUAGGAAACAUUUUAUUUUGUAACUUUUUUAAUUUUAUAUGUAAGUUUUUCUUCAUUUAAGAAAAGUAGUAACUUUUAUUUUAUAAAAACAUACAGCAGGUCUCAAAAGUCUUGGCUAACCAAUGAAGAGUUCUCACGUCAAAAGAUGAUCCAAAAUUAGACUCAGGAUAAUUUAGUUUUAGUGCACUGAAAGUGUUGGAUUAUUUUUAUUUGCACAUUAAGUAUUAUUUAAUGACGCACCUACGUAGGGCAGUCUGCUGUAUUGACCAGGACGAAACACUUCAUUUAUCAUGCCUUGUACAUUCAAAUACAUGGAUUUCACAAUCAAGACACAAAGCAAUGUAUAAUGUGUCCUCUUGAAUGAUUCAUGUCAUGCUUUGUAUCAGCAUAAUAUGACUACAGACAUGUUUGUUUAUCAGUGCCUCAGAGGACUUUGUAGUGGCUGCAGUUCAUUUCUGUCUCUCAUGUGAUAACUGUAUAUGAAAAAGAAACACUCUCAAUAAGAGUUGAAGCAGGUUCAGGCUUCAUAAUCUAAAACACCUUUUAAGUAUUUAGUAAACUGAUCAAAGUAUUAGUGUUUUUCCUUCAUCUUCACGUUGUAUCACGGUGGCUUCCAUGCAUUUAACGAAAAGUGAAAACAUCUUUAACGUUGUUCAAAGACAUUUCAGAAUCAGCAUUAAGGAAAUGUAAUUUUAUGUUAUUAAACUCAAGAAAGUCAAUAAAAUGUUGUAACUCAA